UGCGAUGUCCAAUGGGGAGCCGCUGCCAAGUGGCAGCAAAGUGUUGGUAGAGGCAGUUCCGGUGUGGUGCGUUGCGUUCCCAUUACUAUACCUGGACUCGGAUCACUGACUUUUUUUCUCUCGCUAGAGUUUUAGGAGAGAGGUGAACAUGUCUGGUCGGGGAAAGCAGGGCGGCAAAGUGCGAGCAAAGGCCAAGUCCCGGUCCUCCCGCGCGGGCCUGCAGUUCCCGGUGGGCCGAGUGCACAGACUGCUGCGCAAAGGUAACUACGCGGAGCGAGUAGGCGCUGGGGCGCCGGUGUACCUGGCGGCGGUGUUGGAGUACCUGACCGCGGAGAUCCUGGAGUUGGCUGGCAACGCUGCGCGUGACAACAAGAAGACCAGGAUAAUCCCUCGCCACCUGCAGCUCGCCAUCCGCAACGACGAGGAGCUAAACAAGCUGCUGGGGAAAGUGACCAUCGCUCAGGGCGGCGUCCUGCCCAACAUCCAGGCUGUGCUGCUGCCCAAAAAGACGGAGAGUCAGAAGGCGAAGAGCAAGUGACCCUGGCGCCGCCACCGGGGAGCUGGCUUCCUGAGCAAAGGGUCUUUUCAUAGCCACUCCGAAGUGUUUUUGAUUAUGCUGGAUGUCUUGGAGAGCCGGCGCGAUCUAGUGGGGAGAUGGGCUGCGAGGGACCCACCGGGGUCGGGGGCCAAUAAAGUCGGUGAAAAUCGUG